AUGAAUUCUCAGGAGAACUCAUGUCCCGAACCACCACCACAUCGUUGUGAAAUGCCGAACACUUUACCAGGUGGUCUACACCCGAGUAAUCGAAAUACUAUAGAUUGGAACACCAGGGGUGCAAUUGUUUAUGGUUCGCAUAACCUGCUGUUUAUCAUCGAUGCAUUCACUUUUAAACGUGUGCAAACUAUAGAUCUACAUAGCACGGCCGUCGACCAUGUGUGCUGGUCACCUCCGUUCUCGUUCAUUGAACAAUCUCGCUCAGAGGAUUAUCGGAUCGCGUCAUCGGAUAUUAGUGGACAGAUCAUAAUUUCUGAGCCAAUCUCAGCUUCAAAAAGAUGCCAAUUCUCAAAUGCAGCUUCCAACGUGCUCAAUAUGAAAUGGUUUGUAUGGAAAGAUAUGAGCCGCGAUUUUCUCCUAUCACUUCAUUCUGGCGAUUGCUUAAUCCUCUGGAAUACGGAUAAUGGAGAGAAAAUUUGGUCGGUGACUUUUACUACCCCACUUUUCGACUUGGCUAUCGAUCCUUUCGAUCCGUGCCAUGCUUCUUGUGAGUUUUGA